CGACACAUCUUCCUGCGAGCUGUUGACCGGAGUACGCCCCAUUCCACGCCCGGCUGCAGUGCAUGAUCGCUGCUGCUUCUACUACAUACUGCUUCCCCACCGCACAGCGACAUCCGAGCCCAACGGCAGAAAACACGAGGGCGCUGGCAGCCCAAACGACGCCCGCAUCGAGAACAGCGGCACUUGCAAACCAGGGCCAACCCGGCCCAGAUUGGCGACUUCAGGCAUCAAGCCUUCCGCGCCAGAUCCACUCGCCCUCCGUCGACCGCGAGCACUUUCUGCAGCGCAGACCUUGCUCCGCGCCGCCGCCAGCGACUGCUGACCAAGGCCGUAACUGAGCCAGAGCCAGAGCCAGCAUCAGAGACCGCACGUCUGUCGCAGUUGGAAAGCCCAAGACCUCAGCCUACGCGGGAAGGCUCACACCCACCACCAACACCGUCUUCAAGCGAGCGCGACCGGGCUCCAUAUCCCUCCAGCUCCCGCGAGUCAAGCCCAUCGCCCAACUCACCAUGUCAUACAACCACCGCCCACCGUCGCCAGGCGGCCGCCGCCUUGCCAAUCCUGCGCGGGCAUCGGACAACACCUUGACCAGCGAUGGCUACUACACCCAACGACACAACUCAUACGCUUCGCCGCGCAACAGCACCGGCGUCAUACCCAUCUCGACACAAACCUUCAUCAACGUACCGCCGUCACAGACCUCCUCGACCAGUCGUCUGCAUUUGGACUCCUACUCGGGUCGACCCCGCCGCUCCUCCCACGCCGACCAGACCCGCGGCUCGACCAUCUCUUCGAGCACCUCGGCGUUGCCAUCGAGGACUCGUCCCAUUGUGCAGCAGGAAGUCGCACGUCCUGCCAGUCCGACCAAAGUCACCCCUCGUGACAUUUACAUCACCCCUGGCACCUCACAAGAACCACGCGUGUCGACCACGACUCACAAGAAACUCUACAGCGUCGACACCGAUGGUAGUGCCAAGCUAGUGGCUGAUGUCAACAUCCCCGCCAGUGGGGAGAGACAUCACAGACGCAAAGAGAGCACAGAGAGGAGUGGCUACAGGACGAGCGGAGUAGACCGAGAACGUGAAAGAGGCCGACGUGCAGCGACAUACCAUACAAACGGCAGCCACAACCGUCCGCGGGACAAGAGCAUUGACGACGAAGAUGCUUACUCGUACACGGACCCUGCGAGCAUGUACCGGGACACUGAGCCACGGUGGAGGGAGGUGCAGCGACCCAGACGUGGCAGUGUCGACCGCGGAGGUGCCACAAGCCGGGAACGUCCAGUGAGCAUGAUUGACCCGUCCUACGGACAACGGCAGCCUGCCAAGGAGAGCGGUGGACCCCCGCCAAGCACUCGCGGCUGGGACAAGAUCAAUGACAACUUUGGCCGGACCAACAGUGUUAGGGACACGCCGCGGACCGUUGCUCAGUCGCCGACUCGUGGUCGUCAUGCAGGUUAUGCAGAUUACGGAGACUCGAGCGACGCCAUUUAUACUGUGCCCAGAAAUGGUUCUGUCGAAGGACGCCGAACCACGAUCCACAAUUACGACAGCAACUACGACUAUACGAGAGAGCCUCGGGCAUCUUCGCGACGACACAGCGUGACACGUCGGCCAGAUCAGAGCGUCGAGCGGCGUGGCUUCGGCAUCAACCCGAACCUGCGAGAUGACAGCCAAACGAGGUAUGGCCGAGGAAGUGAUGAGAACUUCGAUCGACCAGGCUACCGCGAUUCUGGUUAUGCGGAGCCAGUGCGACGAGAAACUGCCCCGCAACCAUACACGUCCCAUCAUCACGACAAUACACGAUUCGAGCAGGAGAAGCGAGACCGCGAAUAUGCCCCUCGCAUGCAAGUUGAGGAGCGCGACAGGCCACGAGAGCGCGAUGGGAGGGAGCACGCCCCAAAGCCGCCUGCUCGACGAGAGGACGAGCGCGGUUACGACCGAGACUAUGAACGACGUGACCACGAGCAAAUGACUGAGCGCGAAAGGGAACGAGAACGUUUCAUGCAGCCUCCUCCAGACCGCAGAGAGGAUCGCAAGGAUGACCGGGAACGCCACCACGUCAGACGGGACACCGACCGUGAUCGAGACUAUGGUCGCAAGAAGGACAAGGAGGACUCUUCUCGCCAGGGCGGUGAAACGGUCUCUAAGCCGAGUCUCUCACAAGCUGCCACUGGCGGCCUUGCGGGAGCAGCUGCAGCCUUCGGCUUAACUGGUCUACUGAACAAGGUCGCCUCCGAUAAGCGCGACAAGGAUAAGGACCGGGAUGAUCCACGAAGCUAUGGCGAGAGAGAACGUGACCGGAGUCGCGAUCCUAGGGCCGAGCGUGACCGUGAGCGAGAGAGGGAUCGGACGGACCGCUACGACGACGAGCGGCCACGAUAUCGUGAUGAUCGUGACCGGAGAGAUGCAGCACGUGCCGCGAGCGACGAGGACACCUAUGGCCGGGACCGCGAGCGAGAUCGAGGUCAGAGAGAGAGUGACCGAGGCCUUGGGUUCGCUUUCGAAGCGCCACCUGAGCCACCGCGCACUGCUCCCCCGCCGACAAACGAGCGACAGCAAGGUCCCUACCCGCCGCCUGAUCGACCGAGCGGCGAGCGUCCUGCAGAAGGUAGUGACCGCCUGGCGCCUGCAGCGGUGCCAGAGCGCCCUGCGAGCAGACAAGCGGAUCGUAGCCAUACUCGACCAGAGACGGACCGCAUGCGAGAUUCGGACUCGGAAGGCAAACCUGCUCGCAGUGAAAUGCCAGCUCCUGCAGUUUCCGCUGAAGAGGACUACCGCCGCCGCAUGGAGCAAAUCCAACGAGAACUGGGUGUAGCACCCGCUCCCCAACGCGCGGAGGAUGUUGAUUCAGAUCGAGAACGUCGACGCAGAGACCGAGAACAACGGCAGCGCGAACGUGAACUCCGCAAUGGUGGCUCGCAAGCGCCUUACCCUGAUAGCAGUUCGACCAGCACUGCGGCGCCUCCACCGAGCGCAACGCGUCGAAGCUUCGAGAGAGACGACGAGUCCAACGUCGCAGCUUCCAACGCCUCCACUGUGCCAGACCUCAAUCGCAAGCCGAGCAUUCUUGACAGGCCUAUGAUGACGGACGAGCCAGUCCAGAUCAUCGACAACUCCCAAAGCGACAAGCGUGAGAACCGUGUUCGCAUUGUUGAUCCACCGACGGAACAAGAGGACAGGAAGCCAAAGGGAAUUCUCAAGAAGCCCACCGAGAAGUUUCCUGAAGAUAAUAACGCCAUACGCGAAGGUGUUGCACCGCUCAAGGAUGCUACCAAGAAAGGCAUUCCCCCCGGCGCUCGAUGGACCAAGAUCGAUCGUCGUCUCGUGAAUCCUGAAGCGCUGGAAGCAGCUCAGGAGAGAUUCGAAGAGCGUCUCGACUGCGUCAUUGUGCUACGUGUCUUGACCAAGGAGGAAAUUCAAAAACUCGCGGACAAGACGCGAGACAUCAGAGGUAAACACUACCAUUCUCAUUUCAACAACCCAAGAAAUACUGCAGAGCAUCAUGGAACCAGUCCAGACCAAUCCGCUGUGGAUGGGGCACAUGGAACUGAUCACUUCCAAAAGCCAGCAAGUCGGUCGGGAACACCGCCACAUCUCGAGCACUUGUACCAGCAGCUGGCUCUGAACCCGCCACCGCUGGCAGACUUCAUUGAUACCAGAGUGCACGCCAAACCAGAAGUGGCGCGCUCCGAUCGAGAAGCACACGGCGGGUCAGGGAGGCAUCGGGCUCACACGACGAGUGGAGCACGAGGUUAUGCAGAUUCUCGCGCCUAUUAACGACAUUCACUGACACGGCUUGCUCUUCUUCUAGACAAACGAUACGAAGAGGAACGACAGGAGAGGAAAGCUGCCGCACGAAAGAGUUCUCGUAAUCGUGACCGAUUCGAAAGAGACGAGUACGAGUACAGCGACAGCGAAGAUGAAUUCAAGGAGAAGGCUCCGCGAAUGCUGGAAGCACCCUCAACUGCCGGUGCUAGUGAAGCGGAUUUCAUCCGAGAGAAUCAGCGACGACACGAGCGAAAUCGAGACGCGGAGCCGAAUUAUAUGUCUGGAGGCCUUGGCGUGAGAGAUGAACGUCGACGAGAAGAGUCGCGCUCGCGGUACUGAGUCGUCCAACACUUUGAGGCGUACGAUUGAGAUGGCAUCUAGGACAAUCGGCGAAGGCGGCGGCGUUCACAAAUCUAGCAUAUACACGCCCUGCUGGUCAUGUGGAUAAGGCUUUGUUGCAGGGCGUGAAACAUGGAUUUUAUGAAGCAUUUCCGGAGUACAGCGAGCGAGCGAGCGAGCGAGCAAAUCCAUGCAUACGUGGGCACAAUGAGUGAGCAACAAGGUCUCCUCUUGUUUUGGAUGAUUGGUGGUUUGAGAAAUAGAAAUGCGACAGAUACCAAAGAUACCCCCCAGUCAUUUGAAAAUGCUAGUCAUUCGCUUGAUUCUGG